AACUUUCACAAACAAGGUCGCAACAACCCCGUUGCGUAAAAAAAUCUGUCAAAUACCACUAUCAGCAGAAAUAGCACACAAAACCCCGCGCUAUCAUUCCGUCAGUUACUCAAAACUUACUUAUGUUUUUCGACAAGCUUAAGAAAAACCAAGUUGAAACUCAAAUGACUGAGAAAGUCGACACAACAGAGCUUCCGCCGAUCGAACUCGAGCUCGUAGGACAAGAAUUGCCAUUUAACUGGCCGUUCUCCAGGAAAGUCAAGAGUUACAUAAUCGCACUUCUCAUAAACUUUGUUUCUGCUUUUAAUGCUACAGGUAACUCUGCUGCCAGGGCCGGCGUUACUGAAGAAUUUGGUGUCUCCAGUAGUGUUUUCCUCACUUCCAGCUUUACUUACAACGCUGCACUCGGUCUUGGACCUUUAUUCCUUGCUCCACUCUCCGAGCAAUACGGUAGAAGGCCAAUGUUAGUUAGCCUGCUCUUACUAAUCGUUAUUCUCUUCCUUCCACAAGCCCUUGCACCAAACAUUUCAUCAUUGAGCAUUAGUCGUUUGUUCCAGGGUACAGCGGCCUCGAUUGAAGGACCACACGUCGCGGGUAUCAUCUCUGAUCUGUUUCACCGUGAUGGUGGUCGUGGUAUUGCAAUGGCAACUUUCACUUUAGUUGUUUUCACUGCAAAUGCGAUUGGUCCGUUAACGUGUAACUGGCUUGCAUCAGAGACCGAUUGGGCGAACAUUUACUGGAUGCAGAUGGCCAUGAACGGUGUCGUCUUCAUCAUGUGCGCCUUUAUGCUCGAUGAAACACGCCACGACUUGAUUCUUGACAAGAAGAUCACCAAAUACAACAAAACCUACGGUACUGACUUAAAAGUACAAACCGAUGCAGCACAUUCCGUCAAGAAGGCACUCACAACAUCGCUCGCCAGACCACUCAUCUAUCUCACUACCGAGCCAAUUGUCAUUGCACUCUCCAUCUGGGUCGGUUUCGCCUGGGGUAUUGUCUUCUUGUCAACUGGUACGGUGUUGCACGUUUUCGAGAAAACAUAUGACUUCACACAAGGACAAGGAGGUACUGUUCUCAUUUGUGGUUUCAUCGGUGCCUUCUUUGCUUGGCUCGUUGGCUUCGGUCAGAAUGUACUCUACAAGAAGAGCAAGGACCCAGUCACGCAUAUCGCCCCACCAGAGGCGCGCUUAUACCAGGCAGCCCUCGGUGCUGUCCUCUUCGGAGCUUUCGAAUUGAUGUUUGCAUGGACCGCACGUCCACACAUCCACUGGAUCGUACCUUGUAUCGCACUCGUCGGCGUCAACUUUGGUAUUUUCCCAAUCUAUGCCGGUGUUUAUACCUACAUCGGUGAUGCCUAUGAGAAGUACUCUUCUUCCGCACAAGCAGCCCAAGCGUUGUUAAGAAACAUAUUAGGCAGUACCUUCCCAUUCUUUGGAACUGCAAUGUUUGACCAUCUGACAUUCCCAUGGGCGUCGUCCACAAUUGGGUUUAUUGCAUUUGGACUUUCAAUUAUUCCUUUCGUAUUGAUAUUGUUUGGAGGAUGGUUGAGAGACAGAUCGAAGGUUUGUCGCCAGAUUUUGAAGGAACAAGAGGAAGAAAAAUUGAGAAAAGAAGAGCAAGAGUUUUCCAAGCCAGGAGACAAGAACCACGUAUGAUUAUGAUUAAUAAUAGAAAGAAAAGUUGUAUAAUAGAUAUUGUGUAUUCAUUACU